CUUCCGGUUAUGGCCGAGUAAAAGAAGUUUCGUUAGAGAAUAAAUGCCCCCUAAAGUGAAACUUAAAUGAGAAAAUGGCACUUGGCAAUCUCAUCGUAUUGUCGCAGGUUACCUGCUUCAUUUUGUCGUUUCUUCUUUCUUUUUUUGUGUUUGUGCCUGUCAGUAUAAACAAUCAUGAAUUCAACGGUCACUGUUUACUUCAUGCAACAGGCAAAUGGCAUCCAGAGAGUAAACAGGCUAAUAUAGAAUUAACUGACUUACAUUGGGGUCCUUCAAGUGCCUGCAAUUUUUCAGUAUUUAUUGGAGUAGUUGUUAUGGUGACAUCAUUCUGUUAUACAAUAUGGGUAUCUAUUUAUUUGUUCAAAGGAACUGACAGUUCAUGGCUGGAUGCAUUUAUGACAUUCAUAGUCAGUGUUUUAGUGACUAUUUGUCUAUUUUCUACAGCUUUAACAAUUAGUGGUGGAUUUGCUGUAUGGUGUAGUUUAGUUACAGAUAAACUGUCAGGAAUAGAUAGGUGUGAAAUGGGUGAUUAUACAACAUUUUUACCCAAAAAUCUUAAUAUAGACAGUUCGAAUUAUUACAUGGAAUUUCAGAUAGCUCAGUUUGGAAUAUGGGGUUUAUGGAUGUGUUGGGUAGUUCUAACAUUGUUGUCAAUCAUUAAAUUAUACCGCUACCAUAAACAAGAAGCAUUUUUGAAAAGUGUGAACCAUCAGAGACAGCGAUUAUUACAGAGAGUGGGUCAUUCUUCAUCUUAUUCAGGAGACUUAUCUACUUGAUCAUUUUGUAAUUAACAAAUUAACCCUUUAGCACUUGGACCACUUGAAACUACUGCUCCCUCUACAGCUUGCGCACCACAAAUCAUCCGAGUCACAUGAGUAGCUUUAAACCAUUUAAAGGAGGCAAGUCUGUAACUCAAUAUCAUCCAUAGUCUUCGACAUUGCAAACAGGACUUAUUGGUCAUUUUAAAUCAAUAUUGAUGCUGUUAUCUUACCGAGAAAAGAUGGGCUUCUGAUAUUCAAUAUUUAAGAUAAAAUGAAAAUUUAAAAAUUGUCACACGAAUCGCAUGGCAGAAUGCUUUUGGGCACCAUUUGUAUUGAAGUGACUCGUUGAACGAGGCUUAACAUACCCCACAGAAGAAUACUGGAAUAACCAGACGUCAAAGACUGCCAUUCAAUUUGGACUCUUUGUGUAUUUCACCGAACGAAAAUUACUGAUUACAGUAAAAACAGAAAUGAUGGAUUGUAAAUCAGUUUAUAUACAUCCAUAUUACAUUAUUAUAUGCGUUGCGACCCAUUUGUGUCCAUUUCUAUGUGCCAGAGAAUAGAGAUUUAGCUCCUUUAAGGACUGUAUUCUAGUUCUUUGACUUUCUAGAUAGUAGUUUCUGCUGGUUUCGGAAAUGAGCUACAAAUUUUUUCAGAGAACGAGGGUAGUCUAUAUUUACUUGUCUCAAGUGCUAUGGGGUUAAUUCUCUCUUGCAAUUUAUUGAUAUUUCUGUUUUAGUCAAAAUUUGAAAAGGGAGAUAAAUCUGUUCUGUAAUAUAUAGAUUUGUGUACCAGUACUGGUAAUAUUUUUGAUUAACACACUUUUUUUAGAAAGGCAUUUCAUGAUUUUUUUUAAAACUCUAUCAAAAUUGGACAUUGGUGGAAUACAGAAAUGUUAUUGACCCUUAAUAAAUUACUCACAGAUUUUUGUAAUCAUUAAUGUAGACUUUACAUGCAUCUGUUAUACGUUUUUUAAAUAAUCAUCAAUUUUAUAGUAACUUUAGGGCUUGGGCGAAAAACAAUCUGCUUAACACAUGACUUGGCCUUAACAUAUGUGCAUGCACAGAUCGUUCCCACAUAUUAACACUUGUCAACUAGGAGCAUCUGUGAGAGGUGCUGUUGUGUGAAUGAAAUUCAUGUACAUGUAGCUAACAUCUUUUUACUGGAUUCUCAAGAUAUAGAAUAUAUGGAAUUGGUCCCCGACUUAAAAUGAAAAUAUUAUUACAGGUUUGGGUUGGGUUUUGAUAAGUAGCAUAGAUUUGAUAUGAAUUAUAUAUCACUAGUCUUGUUAUAGUCUUAAUAAUACUCUACACAAUUCAUCUUUAUAAAGCAAUAAUUGGCUAGUACUAUUAACAUAUUCGAUUUGUCAUACUACCUCUAGGCUCUAGUAUUGUUUUAAUGUGGGCUUACAAGACCAGAUAUUAUAAUAUAUUGCGUUCGAAAUUGUUAUAAAGUGUAUGUAUGUUUGGAACUGAUCAAGAUGUGAUGCUUAACAUAAUGAAUUUUAUCUAUUCUAUUUAGAAAGAAGAAAAAAUGUUAUUUAACUUUAUAAAUGUUUUCUGUCAUUUGGCACCUUCUCCUGUAAAGAACUGAAAAUUGCAUUAAAGAUACAUUAGUUAACAGUUUAAUAAAGAGAUGGCCAUUCUGGCUAUAAUAAUGCAAAAAUAGAUGAUAAAAAUAUAAAAUAUUGAACAUUUCAGUCAAAUUACUUUGUUCUGAACAGAGUUGUUACUGUUGGAAGUUUGGACUAGAAAUAGGCAUUAACUGUGUCCGCACCGUCUACGAGAAUUGCCGAUCGUUUGAUUGACAGACGAUAACUCCACCCACAUAUUCUCGAUUAUCCAGUAACAUACUCAAUGGAUAUGUUACCCUCGCUUGGUAGGCCUUUCAUCACCAGACGUCAGUGACUAACAGUAAAUGUUAGCUUAUUCGGUCAUUUCUUGAUUUAAUUUUAAAUGGACGACUGUUUAAAUCCAAGCCAUCCGAGGGUCUACAUAGUUGAUUUUGAGCUUGUCAAGUAAAGAAAGGUCUAAUUGAUAAUUUCUAUAACAUCUGAAGCCUAAAUAAAGACUUACAAUAGGCAGAUUUAGCUCUUGCAUAAUGUAUGUUUAAGAAGUGAAUUAAUUUGUAUAAAAGAAGUUUGGUGAGUUCAACCAGAAAUACAGUGUUCAGAAAUUAUAAAUAAAAAAAAGUACUGACUACCAUUGCGAACUUAGAACAACACGAAGCAGCCACAUGCUAUCUGAAGCAAUGUAGUUUGAGUUACUUUUCUCAUUUCUGACACUUGAUGGAUAAUUGUUGCCCUGAAUGUUGGUAUAUUAGAAAUCUUAAUACUAAAGUAGAUGUGGAAUUAUGUAUGAUUUUUAUAUACCUAUAUGAUCAUUAUCCCUGUCUGUCCGUCCAUAUCUGAAAUAGAUUGUGGAUGCUCUAAUAUUAUUAUUUAUACAGUGUUUAUAAUCAUGAGACAAAGUACCUAUGGAUUUUUUUUAUAAUUACUGUCAGAUUACUUGUCUUGUAAAUUCUCCCAUUAAGCUACAAAAGAGUAGAAAUGUGGCAACCUUUGUGAACUGCUGGGUUAACUUAGCUGCUGUGGGCGUAUAUAUUUUAUUGUCUGGCAACCAUCCAUUUAUAUUUUUGUAUUUUAUUCCUUUUCUCAUGUAUAUAAUGUGUAGAAACAAGAUACUAUUAUGGGUGCCCCGCCAAUUAUAUUAUGCACAGGCGCCCAUGAUCUCGUUGUGGACAGCCCACCGAUCUCGGCAUUAUAGGUGCCCCUCCGUGUUAAGGCACCCCACCAAUCAUGUUGUUUUGGGCACCCCCAUUGAUCAAGUCGUGGGCGCCAAUUAAUCUCACUCGGCAUUAUGUGCGGCCCGACAAUCAUAUAUUGUCAUUAUAAGGUGCACCACCACUCAUGUCAUUUUGGGUGCCCCUCCGGGAUAAGGCACCCCACAGAUCAUGACGUUUUGGGCGCCCCUUUAAUCAAGUUUGGGGGGGGGGGGGUGUGGCGAUGGCCGAAUAGUUACCAUGUGCGCGCGCUGUAUCAUAAGGUCUGGCAUUGAGUCAACUGGCGUGGUUUUGAUUCCCCGGUUGUAGUGACAAGGAGUAUGAUCGCCUGUCCAACUUUGUGGGUUUUCUCCGGGUCCUCCGGUUUCCUCCCACUGCUAAAGACCCCUAAGCGAAAGUGAAAUAUUGAAAUAAAAUUGAACCAUAUGUUAGUCCCGAAAUGACCUAGUAUGUGUCAAAUCUCUCUCUCUCUGAUCAGGUUGUGGGCACCCAACCAAUCUCUCCCCCCCCUCCCCCCGCGUAGCUAUGGGCCUGCUGUUACAUGUCUAUUAUGUAUAUUUUCCUUAUGAAUUUUCACCAAUCAAACUAUACUAGUGUCAGUAAAAUAAUACUUUAACAGGCAUUUAUGUGUUUUUUCAUUUAAUGGUAUUAAAUUCAGUAUAUAUUUCUUGUAUAUUAUGUAUAUUUCGAGUGUAUUAUGUAUAUUUCAUGUGUAUUAUGUAUAUAUUUUUUGGUAUAUAUUUCAUGUGGGAGUAGGUCUAUUGUAUUGUGGUCACACCUGUACAAGGGUUCUUUGUAUGGUUUUUCUUUCAAUGAUUUGGUGAGAUUUUUCAGCUAAUCAUAAAGACAAACUCCAUUCAAAUUCAUCUGAGUAACAAAAAUUCAUAUUAUAGAGAGUUAUGUGGGAUAUUUUUUAAAAAUAUGGUAGGUUGGUCGACUAAUGCUACUGAUUGAAAAGCAGAGUAAUGAACAGGUUUUUCAUACAGUUAUUGUCCAUGUCAGUGGAACCUUGAAAAUACUCAAAACUUCAAUAUAUCUGAAAUUGAGUUCCUGCUACAUUGAAUAAUACAAUAACAUACAUGUCUUUGUUUAUUCCCUUCACAAUCUGCAUGUAGGCGUAUAUUUGUUUCCUGGUAAUUUAUAUUCAGCCAAACGAUCCAUGUCUGAUUUCAUUCUAUAAUUAUAAUCACAUAUUAUCCUAACAGAUGUGUAUUACAAUAUAGUAUAAUAAUGUUUACUUCCUAUAUAAAAUAUUGAGUUGAUUUUAUCAAGGCAUUCCAUUCCUGUUUAAAAGGACACAAUUGCCAGAUUUGAAUGUCUUCAGAUGUGUUAAUUAUACAUUUUAUUCUGUAAAGUUGAAUAAAAAAAAAUAUAAAUUGUU